AACGACUCCUCCGUGACUAACCGGAGAGGACAGAAAAAGGUUGCCCGGCGCGGUUCCCCGGCGCGCCGGGCGGGAUCACUUGCUGAACUUGAUGCGGGGUUUAUUCCCCGGGACGGCGUGUGCCCGGGGCGCGAGCCCUCGCGGCGCCCGCCCCUCUUUGUAAGGUCCCAGCGGCCGGCGAGCGCCCUUCCUCGGGGCCCGACGGCUCCCCGGCUCCCCCGGCUCCGCGUCUCGCUCCAUCCUCCGCUCCCGGUCCUGCUCGGGCCCCCGUUUCGUGGAAGCUCGUUUGGCCAGGUCCCCGGAGUAUCCCCACGAGCACCUACAGAUUAAUUUUCAACCGCGCCGCAAACCCAAAGAAUCAGUCUCGGUUCAUCGUCUACCAGCGAGAGCCGAUGCUUCUCGGGAAGAGAAAACAAGUUGGCAUGACCCCUCUGGGAGAUAUUUGUCAUCAUUAACCUGCUUCGGUUAAAUUAAUUCAGCCCAGGAUGACUCCAGCGUAAAGGAACUGGCCAGAUGUCUUAAGGGAUGCUUUUGAAAAGGACAGAGGUGUUCAAAAUUAUUACAGCAACUGAGAAGCAAGUUGGUUUUGGAGAAACCAUACUCUGAGGAUGUUUGCUUCUGGUUACCAAGAAAAAAUACAACUAUAGAAGAAGCCUUUGGAAAUAACAAUGUAAUUAGAUUUACAUCAGUCUUUCUGGCGAGACUUGGAGCUUCCUGCGUCAUCGGUAGACAUGAGUGACCCCAGGCAGUCACAAGAAGAGCAGCACAAGGUUGGCAGAGCCUCUUCGAAGUUCAAGGGUCCUCCCAGAAUCAUGCAGUCCGAUGAUUAUUUUGCUCGAAAACUUAAAGCCAUCAACGGCAACAUGGGACCCACCACUUCCUUAAAUGCUUCCACUUCCAAUGAGAACAGCGGUCCAGCUAAUGGUACCCCGGCCGUGCCCAAGAUGGGUGUCAGAGCAAGGGUGUCUGAGUGGCCUCCUAAAAAGGACUGCGCCAAGGAGCUGACCUGCAAGGCCCUGUGGGAAAGCCGGUCCCAGACCAGCUACGAGAGUGUCACGUCCAUCAUGCACAACGGGCAAAACAACCAGAGCGACGGCCAGCAAGAGGAGCCGCUCGACCUAGACUUCGUGGAGGCGAAGUAUACCAUCGGAGACAUCUUCGUUCACUCUCCGCAAAGAGGACUGCAUCCCAUAAGACAGAGGAGCAAUAGUGAUGUCACCAUCAGCGACAUCGACGCGGAAGACGUCUUAGACCAAAAUGCAGUGAACCCCAAUACCGGGGCCGCCCUGCACCGGGAGUACGGGAGCACGUCUUCCAUCGACCGGCAGGGCUUGUCGGGGGAGAACUUUUUUGCUAUGCUCCGAGGGUACCGGCUAGAGAACUACGGCCACAAGGCGAUGGCCCCGUUCGGGUUCUCCGAGUUUUUCCCCUGCGACCCUGCCAUCUCGCCCAGCCUUCACGCCGCAGCACAGAUUUCUAGAGGCGAAUUCGUGCGCAUCUCAGGAUUAGACUAUAUGGACAGUGCCCUCCUCCUGGGGAGAGACAGGGACAGGCCUUUCCAACGGAGGCUGAAGGCGGAGUCCAUGGAAACAUCCCUCUUCCGCAAGCUGCGGACCGUGAAAAGUGAGCACGAGACGUUCAAGUUCACCUCCGAGCUGGAGGACGGGCGUCUGGAGAGGGGCGUCCGCCCUUGGAACUGCCAGCGCUGUUUUGCACAUUACGAUGUCCAGAGCAUCUUGUUUAAUAUCAACGAAGCCAUGGCCACGAGGGCGAACGUGGGGAAGAGGAAGAACAUCACCACCGGGGCCUCGGCGGCAUCCCAGACCCAGACGCCAGCGGGCCCGACGGGCGGCUGUGACUCCCCGCUGGGGAGCAAAGAGGACCUCAACUCCAAAGAGAACCUGGACACCGACGACGGUGACGGGAAGAGCAACGACCUGGUCCUCAGCUGUCCCUACUUUCGGAAUGAGACAGGCGGGGAGGGCGACAGGAGGAUCGCGCUGUCCAGGGCCAACUCGUCCUCCUUCAGUUGCGGGGAAAGUUCCUCCUUCGAGUCCUCACUCAGCUCGCACUGCACCAACGCGGGCGUCUCGGUCCUGGAGGUGCCCAGGGAGAAUCAGCCAAUCCACAGGGAGAAGGUCAGGCGCUACGUCAUCGAGCACAUCGACCUGGGGGCCUAUUACUACCGCAGGUUCUUCUACGGCAAAGAGCACCAGAACUACUUCGGAAUCGAUGAGAACCUCGGCCCUGUGGCAGUCAGCAUCCGGAGGGAGAAGGUGGAAGACGCCAAGGAGAAGGAAGGGUCCCAGUUCAACUACCGGGUGGCUUUCAGGACGAGCGAGCUGACAACCCUGAGAGGAGCGAUUCUGGAAGAUGCCAUACCCUCUACCGCCAGGCAUGGGACUGCACGCGGACUCCCUCUCAAAGAAGUCCUGGAAUACGUCAUUCCAGAGCUGAGCAUCCAGUGCCUGAGGCAGGCCUCGAGCUCACCCAAGGUCUCGGAGCAGCUGCUCAAGCUGGAUGAGCAAGGGGUGUGUAUCACGUGGGAGACUCUGAGCUUUCAGCACAAGAUCGGGAUCCUGUAUUGCAGAGCCGGUCAGAGCACCGAGGAGGAAAUGUACAACAACGAGACGGCCGGACCAGCUUUUGAAGAAUUCCUCGAUCUGCUGGGCCAGAGGGUGCGGCUGAAAGGAUUUAGUAAAUACCGGGCUCAGCUGGACAAUAAAACUGAUUCUACAGGAACGCAUUCCCUGUACACAACGUACAAAGACUACGAGCUCAUGUUCCACGUGUGCACCAUGCUCCCACACACGCCCAACAACAGGCAGCAGCUCCUGAGGAAAAGGCAUAUAGGAAAUGACAUCGUGACCAUUGUCUUCCAAGAGCCCGGAGCACUUCCUUUUACUCCAAAAAGCAUCCGGUCCCACUUUCAACAUGUCUUCGUCAUAGUCAAAGUGCAUAAUCCAUGCACUGAAAAUGUGUGUUACAGUGUUGGAGUUUCUAGAUCCAAAGAUGUGCCACCGUUCGGUCCACCAAUUCCCAAAGCCGUAACUUUCCCAAAGUCAGCGGUGUUCCGGGACUUCCUUUUAGCGAAAGUAAUCAAUGCGGAAAACGCAGCCCACAAAUCAGAGAAGUUUCGAGCGAUGGCCACUCGGACGAGGCAGGAGUACUUGAAGGACCUGGCGGAGAACUUCGUCACGACCGCCACCGUGGAUACCUCCGCGAAGUUCAGCUUCAUUACCCUGGGUGCCAAGAAGAAGGAGAAAGUAAAGCCCAGGAAGGACGCCCACCUCUUCAGCGUCGGAGCGAUCACGUGGCACGUUGUGGUGCGGGACUUCGGCCAGUCCUCGGACAUUGACUGUCUCCUUGGGAUUUCCAACGAGUUCAUCAUGCUGAUCGAGAAGGAUUCCAAGAACGUGGUCUUUAACUGUUCCUGCAGGGAUGUCAUUGGCUGGACAUCUGGGUUAAUGAGUAUCAAAGUGUUUUACGAACGAGGAGAAUGCAUCCUUCUGUCCUCGGGGGACAACUGUGCCGAAGACGUCAGGGAAAUUGUCCAGCGAUUGGGGAUCGUGACCAGGGGCUGCGAGACUGUGGAAAUGACCCUGAGGAGGAACGGGCUGGGCCAGCUGGGCUUCCACGUGAACUUCGAAGGAAUCGUCGCAGACGUGGAACCCUUCGGUUUUGCGUGGAAGGCCGGCCUUCGCCAGGGGAGCCGCCUGGUGGAGAUCUGCAAGGUGGCCGUGGCCACGCUGACGCACGAGCAGAUGAUCGACCUUCUCCGGACCUCGGUGACUGUGAAGGUGGUCAUCAUCCAGCCCCAUGACGAUGGCUCGCCUCGGAGAGGGUGUUCGGAGCUCUGCCGGAUCCCCAUGGUGGAGUACAAGCUCGACAGCGAGGGCACCCCCUGUGAGUACAAGACCCCCUUCCGGAGGAACACCACGUGGCACCGAGUGCCCACGCCCGCCCUGCAGCCCCUGCCCAGGGCCUCCCCGGUGCCCGGCACGCCUGACAGGCUGCAGUGCCAGCCGCUGCUCCCACGCAGCACCUCCUUUGACCGGAAGCUGCCCGACGGCACCAGAAGUUCACCCAGCAACCAGUCCUCCUCCAGCGAUCCCGGACCCGGCGGGAGCGGACCCUGGAGACCGCAAGUUGGAUACGACGGGUGCCAGUCUCCCCUGCUGCUUGAGCACCAAGGCUCCGGCCCUUUGGAAUGUGAAGGGGCCAGGGAGCGGGAGGACGCCACGGAAGGAAGCAGACACCCCGAAGCCAAAUGGCACGGCCCGCCUUCCAAAGUCCUGAGCUCCUAUAAAGAAAGAGGCCUGCAGAACAAUGGAGGCUGCAAGGAUUCCCCCAAUAAGCUUUCUCACAUCGGAGAAAAAAGCUGCCCCAGCCAUUCCAGCAGCAACACGCUCUCCAGCGACACCUCUGGCAACAGCGACGACAAGCACUUUGGGUCCGGGGACCUGAUGGACCCCGAGUUGCCGGGGCUGACGUACGUCAAGGGCGCCUCCACGGACAGCGGCAUCGACACGGCCCCGUGCAUGCCCGCCGCGGUCCUCGGCCCCGUGCACCUGGCGGGCAGCAGGUCCCUGGUCCACGGGCAGGCGGACCAGUGGGCUGACUCGGACAUCCCGGGGCCCGACGACGAGCAGGCCAAGAUGUACGCGGUCCACGGCUACGCGCCCGGCAUCUCCGCCGGCCACGCCGCCGACGGCAGCCUGGGCGACCUCAGCGAGAUCUCCUCCCACUCCAGUGGUUCACACCAUUCAGGAAGCCCCUCGGCUCACGGUUCCAAAAGUAGUGGGUCUCUGGAUACGUCCAAAGUGUACAUCGUGUCUCACAGCAGCAGUCAACAGGCCCCGGGGUCCGUGUCCAAGGCCUACCACCGGCAAGGGGCCGUGAACAAAUAUGUCAUCGGCUGGAAGAAAUCGGAAGACAGCCCGCCGCCCGAGGAACCUGAAGUGGCUGAGUGUCAGGGGCUCUAUGGUGAGAUGGGUCUCCUGUCCACCGCAGCUGAGCAGCAGGCAGUGGUGGGAGAUGACGUCUCAGAAACUCACCACGUGCUCUCGAAAGAAGACUUUCUGAAACUGAUGCUUCCCGACAGCCCCUCAGUGGAGGAGGGCAGGAGAAAGUUUUCGUUCUAUGGGAACCUGUCCCCACGGCGCUCGCUGUACCGCACCCUCUCGGACGAGAGCAUUUGCAGCCACCGGAGGGGUUCUUCCUUCGGCAGCUCCCGAAGUUCCAUCCUUGACCAGGCCCUGCCCAGUGACAUCCUGUUCAGCACCACCCCGCCCUACCACAGCACCCUGCCACCCCGGACCCAGCCGGCGCCCAGCAUGGGAAGCCUGCGGAAUGAGUUCUGGUUCUCCGACGGGUCCUUGUCAGAUAAGUCCAAGUGUGCAGAUCCCGGCCUGAUGCCCCUCCCGGACACGGCCACGGGGUUAGAUUGGUCCCACCUCGUGGAUGCUGCCCGGGCAUUUGAAGGUCUUGACUCAGAUGAAGAACUUGGGCUACUCUGUCACCACACGUCCUAUCUAGACCAGAGAGUGGCGUCCUUCUGUACCCUGACAGAUAUGCACCCGGAGCAGGACCUGGAAGGGGCCCAGGAGCUGCCUUUAUGUGUCGAUCCUGGCAGUGGCAAAGAUUUCAUGGACGCCACUGGAGGGCGGCCUCCAUCCACGCUGACUGGGAAAGUCAACCAGCUGGAGCUGAUUCUUCGGCAGCUGCAGACCGACCUUCGGAAGGAGAAGCAGGACAAGGCCGUGCUGCAGGCCGAGGUGCAGCACCUGAGGCAGGACAACCUUCGGCUGCAGGAAGAGUCACAGACGGCCGCGGCCCAGCUGCGCAAGUUCACGGAGUGGUUCUUCAACACCGUCGACAAGAAGCCGUAACCUGAGCGCUGCCCAACCAGGGGCCCUGGGGAAGCCCGGGGUCCCUUCACAGUCGCCAACAUGUGGUUUCUCGCUGUGCUUCCAGCCCACCGUAGCCGUGCUUGCUGUCCCCACUCUGUCUAGCUCCAUGCCCCCCAGCAGCACGGGGAGCCGCCGUGUGACCGCGGAGAGCAACGCUCGUGAAGAUGAAUGUAACGCUGGUGUCGAGAUGAAUGUAAACUCUGGUGUCAGUGUGGCCCUCUAAGGCUCUGCUGAAACGGAGCUCUGCGUGGGCUUCCCUCCUGAGGGACGAGGGUUGGGUUUUAUGUCCUAUAUAUCAGGUGACUUGGUAGAGAGAUUAAAACAAUUGACCAUAGCUUGGGCUUUAGAAUUGUAAAAUAAACAUGAGAACAAAUAAUCAGACAUAUACUUUAAUGUUAAAGGUGCUCUAUUUUUUUGGAUGUACAGUAGUUUUUAUUUCUACAGCCACAUUAUCAUAGCAAUAAGAAAGAGGCAGGGGAAAUAGUUGGAAGAGCCGUGUCGGGAGGGGGACAGAAAAAGCACUGAUGUGUCUAACACGAGUUCAAAUGCAGUUCCUUUAGAGACUUUAUUUAUUUGCAGGAGCAAACAGUGCCUGAAUAUUAACAGUGUUCUGAUUAAAAAAAAAAAAGAAAAGAAAAGAUACAUAUGCCUUGUAAAUGGCUCACUGAGUAGUUACUUCAACUCUUAGUUCACUUUUGUAUAGUUAAUGCUCUGUUGAAAAAAGAAAAGAGUCAACCUGCUUACUUACGAGAGCUCCCCUGUGUGCCGUGAACCAGCAGAAUCACUUGUACGAUGCCAAAUUUGUUUUCUCUUUGUACAGAAGCUUUGAUGAAGUGUCUUGUAUUUAACACCCUUAUUUAAGCUUAUUUAACCUUAAAUUGUUAAUUUUAUAAACUUUGGUUUCACCUGCACUAUUUUGGAGGGCGGUGUAGGUAGCAGCGGGCUCAGAAAAGGCUGAGCUUGCCCAAGCAGGAGUGAGGAGCGGGGCAGGACCUUCCUUCUAACAACUGGAUGCUGCUGGUAACAAGUUGUUUGUAUUGCUUUACCAUUUUUAACUGUUCUAUUUGAGAUGAACGUACGUUUUGCUUUUUUAAUAAAUGUUUAAA